UCACCCCGCCAUUGAAUUGAAGCACCAUCACAGAUUCAAGCAAUUUCGUUUUUACAUAAACCCUAUUCCCAUUUGAUCCAAUGAGCACCUCAGUCAUAAUCUUAAAGCUAACAUACGCAUGAGUUUAUCCUAAUCCCAAUACCACAAAAAUUAAAACAAACUCGUUCUCAUUUCCUGUUUCAACCAAACAACAUAUUUUCCAGAUAUAGAGAGAGAAAGAGAGUGUAACAGUGGAGCAAGUUCUGGAUAGAGAGAGAAAUGCCAAGUGUGGCUGUGAAGCUCUAUAGCGUGUUCUUCAAGUUCCUCUUGAAGCACCGUUUGCAAAAUCGGAUUCAAGCCCCGUCUGAAAACUCCGACCCGUUUGGCGUAACCUCUCGACCCGAGGAAUCCGUCGCCGCCGCUAACCCCUCAUUCGCCGACGGCGUCGCCACCAAGGACAUCCAUAUCGACCCCUUCACCUCCCUCUCUAUCCGAAUCUUCCUCCCCGAAUCCGCACUCACCCCAACCGAACCUCGUUCCAAACCUCACCCAAUUCCCAAGCCUAAGUCCAUUCCUAUCCUCCAAAAACUCGAUCCCGAACCUGGAUCUGCGCGCAUCGUCGAUUCGAAUUCGCGGCGGAAUAGCUAUGGCUCCUCUGGAGGGGCCACCGCCCACAUGGAAGAGCCCCGAAGGAACAGCUUCGGAGUCGCCAGCAACGACGUCGCCGACGAGGGUUUGAAUUUGAUGGCUGCUGGCGGAGUGUACCGGGGCUACUCGCCGGCGAAGGACAAUCGCCGGAAACUUCCGGUGAUGUUGCAGUUUCACGGUGGCGGUUGGGUCAGCGGCAGCAACGAUUCCGUCGCGAACGAUCUCUUCUGCCGGCGGAUCGCGAAGCUCUGCGACGUGAUCGUGGUAGCAGUCGGGUACCGGCUGGCGCCCGAGAGUCGGUAUCCGGCUGCGUUUGAGGACGGGCUUAAGGUGUUGAAUUGGUUGGCGAAGCAAGCGAAUUUGGCUGAGUGUAGCAAGUCCAUGGGGAAUGGAAGGGUUAGAGGCGGUGAGUUCAAGAAAUCAGAUGCUCAUAGGCAUAUUGUUGAUUCAUUUGGAGCUUCAGUGGUUGAGCCAUGGUUGGCUGCUCAUGGAGAUCCAUCAAGGUUAUGCGUUCUUCUUGGUGCAAGUUGUGGUGCAAAUAUUGCACACUAUGUGGCUCAAAAAGCUGUGGAAGGAGGCAAACUUCUGGACCCUGUCAAAGUGGUAGCACAGGUCCUGAUGUAUCCAUUUUUUGUUGGAAGUGUUCCCACACAUUCUGAAAUAAAGUUGGCAAACUCUUACUUUUAUGACAAGGCCAUGUGUAUGCUUGCAUGGAAGCUUUUCCUACCUGAGGAAGACUUUAGUCUAGACCAUCUUGCUGCUAAUCCCCUAGUUCUAGGUCGAGUUCCCCCUUUGAAGCUGAUGCCUCCAACAUUGACAGUGGUGGCAGAACAUGAUUGGAUGAGAGAUCGUGCCAUUGCUUACUCAGAGGAGCUCCGGAAGGUGAAUGUUGAUGCACCUGUUCUUGAGUAUAAGGAUGCAGUACAUGAAUUUGCUACCCUUGAUGUACUUCUCAAAAGCCCUCAGGCCCAGGUUUGUGCUGAGGAUAUUGCCAUCUGGGUCAAGAAAUAUAUUUCACUUCGAGGCCAUGAAUUCUCUUAUUGAGUAGGAUAUCACAAAUUAAGAUGCUGAUUGGCGGGAAGAUAUCUAGUCCAUCUCCGAAAUUAGCUUCAGAUCACUCUUUUGCUGCUUUUACCUGGGAUCUGUGAUAUGUUAUUUGAUUGGUUUUGAUGGGUUUUGAUGCUUGAUAAGUUGUUGGAUGUUGACAGGUUCCAUGUUCGUACCACCCGCCAGUUCUUUUCUGUAAGAUAGAGUUGCCUUAGAGAGUAGGAUUAGUUGAGCCAGUGAGAUGCAUUCACCUCAUGCAUACCACAUUUGGACGUUCCUGUGCCAUUUUUUCCUGUGUAUUAU